GCCGAAGUUGCAUCUCAGCAAGCGCAGUCCAAUGACCUGCGGCCACUGCUAGCAGCUGCUCAACGGCGCGCCAAAUCAUUUUUGGGUUUCUUCCCACACCGCCCGACAUGACGGUCGACAGUGCUCCGGCCGGCGCCGCUUUCCAGGCUGACGCCCAAGAGAAGCUGGCUGCGGAGAUGUCCUCGCUUGAAAUAGCGCCGGACACGCAGCAGCCCACGCUCCCUCCCCACCGGUCGCACGAUCCCCAGUACAAUCAGAAGAGGAGCGACCCGUUCCAGUUUGGGUCUCGCUACCUCGGGGAGGAAGACGACGUUUUCGAGUUCAAUGCAUGGGACCAUGUCGAGACUGACGACGCGUACAAGGAGUACGCUGAGCAGCAGUACGCCAUGCAGCGCCAGGCGCCCGUGUCUGACUUUGACAAGAUGCGCUUCAAUUCAGAUCCCGCGAAGUGGUGGAACCUCUUCUACAAGAACAACACGGCCAACUUCUUCAAGGACCGGAAAUGGCUCCAGCAGGAAUUUCCCAUCCUGCAUAGGAUGACGCGGGAGGACGCCGGACCUGUGACGCUUCUAGAGAUAGGCGCCGGUGCUGGGAACACAGCGUUUCCUGUCCUGGCCCAGAACAAGAACCCCAAGCUGAAGCUCCACGCCUGUGACUUCUCCAAGAAGGCCGUCGAGGUCAUGCGCGCUCACGAAUCGUACAAUCCGGAAGUUAUCCAAGCCGACGUUUGGGACGUUGCUGGAGACGACCUUCCGCCAGGGCUUGGAGAAGGAUCCGUAGACGUGGCGAUCAUGAUAUUCAUUUUCUCUGCACUGUCACCAUCGCAGUGGAAGAGGGCGGUAGAGAACGUCUACCGGAUGCUCAAGCCAGGCGGCGAGGUCUGCUUCCGCGACUAUGGGAGAGGUGACCUCGCCCAGGUUCGGUUCAAGAAGGGCCGGUACCUGGAGGAGAACUUCUAUAUUCGGGGGGACGGCACACGCGUCUACUUCUUUGAGAAGGACGAGCUGGCCGAUAUUUGGAGCGGCAAGCUAAGCCAGCCUGCGGACGGCGAUCCUACCGAGGGCGAGGCGGCAACCAUCCCGCCAAGCUUUGACAUUGAGGAGCUCGGUGUUGAUCGUAGACUGCUUGUCAAUCGUGCCAAGAAGCUGAAGAUGUACCGGUGCUGGAUUCAGGGCCGGUUUAGGAAGAAAUAGACAGCAAACAAAUGUGGCAGUCAGUUCUAGUAGGUGCAGUCAAGUAUGGUAUUGUGCAAGAUCUGACUAG